AUGGCUUCGAAAGGAUUAAAUCAUUUCUCUGGUAUUAGUACAAAUAUCAGUAUUUCGUUUAUAGAUCCUGCAAAAGAAGGUGAUAUUUUAUUAAUAGAAGCAGAAUGUAUAAAAUUUGGAAAGGCUAUGGGAUUUACUGAUGUAAAAAUAUACAACAAAGAUACCAGAAAACUAAUAGCUCAAG